AUGGCGACGGGGUCGCUCCGUGCGCUGGCGGUGGCUGGUGGCGGAGAGAGUAGCGACAGCGAGGAUGAUGGCUGGGAGAUCGGGUAUCUGGACCGACCGCCUCAGAAAUUAAAAGGACUAUUACCCAUAGAAGAGAAGAAUGAAACAUUUAAGAAAGCAUUGACCACUGGAGAUACUUCUCUGGUGAAGGAGCUUCUAGAUUCUGGUAUUAGUGUGGAUUCCAGUUUUCGAUAUGGAUGGACUCCCCUUAUGUAUGCUGCUAGUGUUGCUAAUGUGGAGCUGGUGCGGGUUCUUUUGGAUAGAGGUGCUAAUGCAAGCUUUGAUAAAGAUAAACAAACUAUUUUGAUAACUGCAUGUUCUGCUCGUGGAUCAGAGGAGCAGAUCUUGAAGUGUGUAGAGCUACUACUUUCAAGAAAUGCUGAUCCAAAUGUUGCUUGUAGGAGACUUAUGACUCCCAUCAUGUAUGCUGCUCGGGAUGGUCACCCUCAAGUUGUUGCUCUGCUUGUUGCUCAUGGAGCAGAAGUUAAUAUCCAGGAUGAGAAUGGUUAUACUGCUUUAACAUGGGCAGCACGUCAGGGACAUAAAAAUGUAGUUUUGAAGUUGCUUGAACUUGGAGCUAAUAAAAUGCUGCAAACCAAAGCUGGAAAGACGCCAAGUGAGAUCGCAAAAAGAAAUAAACAUCUUGAGAUCUUCAACUUACUUUCUUUGACUUUAAAUCCAUUGGAAGGAAAGCUUCAACAGCUAACUAAAGAAGAGACUAUUUGUAAGCUAUUGACAACAGAUUCUGAUAAAGAAAAAGAUCACAUAUUUAGUUCUUAUACAGCAUUUGGAGAUCUGGAAGUAUUUUUACAUGGUCUUGGACUUGAACACAUGACAGAUUUAUUAAAGGAAAGGGAUAUAACUUUAAGACACCUUUUGACCAUGAGAAAAGAUGAGUUUACACAGAAUGGAAUUACCAGUAAAGACCAGCAGAAAAUUCUGGCUGCUCUUAAAGAACUAGAGGUAGAGGAGAUAAAAUUUGGAGAGUUACCUGAGGUGGCAAAGUUGGAAAUCAGUGGUGAUGAGUUCCUCAACUUUCUUCUGAAAUUAAACAAACAGUGUGGCCAUUUAAUAACAGCUGUACAGAAUAUCAUUACUGAAUUACCUGUAAAUUCUCACAAGAUAGUCCUAGAAUGGGCUUCUCCACGGAAUUUUACUUCAGUGUGUGAAGAACUGGUUAGUAAUGUGGAAGAUUUGAAUGCAGAAGUCUGCAAAUUAAAAAACUUAAUUCAGAAGUUGCAAAAUGAACGGGAAAAUGAUCCAACUCAUAUACCACUAAUGGAAGAAGUAUCUACAUGGAAUAGUAAAAUUUUGAAGAGGACAGCUGUUACAAUAUGCGGAUUUGGAUUUCUUCUUUUCAUUUGCAAGCUAACUUUCCAGAGAAAAUAA